AUGGAGAAGAUUUUUAAAGCCUUGGGAUGUUCCAAUGUCCGGUCAGUCGAGCUAGCCACCUUCCGAUUAGAGGACGUGGCACACGAGUGGUAUAGUUCUCUAUAUAGAGGUAAACCAAUGGAUGCAGCACUAUUGACUUGGAGUGAGUUCAGUACAGCCUUUCUAGAUCAAUUUUUACCACUCAGUGUACGUAAUGCUAGAGCUAGAGAGUUUGAGACUUUGAUACAAACCUCGAGUAUGACGGUGUUAGAGUAUGACAUCAAAUUCACGCAGUUGGCCAAGUAUGCUCCCUACCUAGUUUCUACUGAGGAGAUAAAGAUUCAGAGGUUUGUGGAUGGGUUAGUGGAGCCAUUAUUUAGGGCUGUGGCAUCUCAAGAUUUCACUACCUAUUCUGCAGUAGUGGAUUGUGCUCAACGCAUCGAGAUGAGGACCAGUGAGAGUAGGGCUAUAAGGGAUAGAGCGAAAAAGACCAAGAUAGAGGGUUAUCAAGGCCGUAGAGAUUUUAACAGUGGGAUGUCAUCUUCUAACCGUCAGGGUCCACAAAGGACUCACGAUUGCCCCAAAAAGGAAGUGACUCGUCUGAUGCUAACAUUAGGGCAGGAUAGAGAACUUUCAAUUCCGAUAGGCAGCAAGAUUUGA